AUGGCGAUUGACCACCUGGAAACAACGGUCGUCGACCUCUUCGAUGCCUGGGCGACGAGAACACCAGAGGCCACUGCAGUCGAGUGGAACGGACAAAGACUUACUUUCGCACGCCUCCGAGAUGCAUCACUCCAUGUCAGCAAAGCUCUGCUCUCAGUUGGUGUUAGAUCCGGCGACAUGAUUCCCAUCCUUUCCCGGAUGUCUCUCGAGCUUGUUCCAGCUAUCUUGGGCGUUCUCAGGGUCGGCGCUUGCUACAUACCGGUUGAUAUGGAAGCUUGGAGCAAGGCGAGAAUCGACGCCACGCUCCGUGAUAUCUCACCGCAAGUGGUCAUUGGGACAAGCCAGCUGGACACACGAGGUGUGCCAGCAGUUGUGUAUUUUCAGGAGCGAUGGCUUCAAUCGUCGUUCGAUGACGAGGAUGAUACUCUCAGCCAACUGGACGCCAUCCGCAGGAGUCUCAACACGAAAGCGCUUGUGUAUGUCAUGUUUACGUCGGGAACCACGGGGAAGCCAAAGGGGGUGAUGAUAUAUCAUCAGGCCCUCUCUCUGUUUGCUACACUGGCAACUGAUAAUACUAAUAACACAGUUCCUGGUGACCGUGUGCUACUGGCCAUCUGCAUCUCGUUUGACGCAUGUGCUGCCAUUAUCUGGUCAACAAUCACAAAGGGCGGAACCUUGGUCAUGGCUUCAUCGUCAACGUUUCCUGAAAUUGCCACUACCUGCACCACUCUGAUAGUGACCCCGUCCAUGUUUGCGACCUUGGAUCCAGCCGGAUCUUAUGACAAAGUCCGCAGUGUCUUUUUGGGUGCCGAAUUGGCCAACUUUGAAAUAGCGCGUCAAUGGAUUACUCCUACGCGAAGAGUAAUCCACACCUACGGCCCGACAGAGGCGACCAUUAACAUCGCUUACGGGACAAUUCCUGAAGGCACGGAGCCAGACAUGGGCGUGUUCAACACUGGAGUGGAAGUCUUUCUCGUCAACGAAGAUUUGCAAGAAAGCGACAUGGGCGAGAUCUUGAUAAGUGGUCCGUGUUUGGCUGCGGGAUACCUGAAUAACCCAGAGCUCACAGCCAAGAGGUUCAUUGACUGGAAUGGGAGGCGCGUAUACCGGACUGGUGAUUUGGCCCGAAAAACCAAAAAUGGACUAUCAUGGGUAGGUCGAGCGGACCGCAUAGUGAAGAACCGAGGAUUUCUCGUCAACUUGGAGACAGAAGUCGAGUCAGGGAUGCUUCGGUUCACCGACGUUCGAGCAGCUUCCGCUUUCGUGUGGCGUGGUAAGAUUAUGGGAUUUGUGCAGCCAGCGACGGUCGAUCUUGAGGAGCUGCGCGCGUUCAUGAGAGAGAAUUAUGACCCGUUUGUGGUCCCGGACGAGAUAUUAGCGUUGGACCAAUUCCCUCUCACCGCACAUGGAAAGGUCGAUCGAGCUGCGCUGAGCUCUGGACUAGAAGACAGAAUGGUUAAAGAGAACGCGCUGCUUGACACCAUGGUGUGUACUUCACCUUAUGAUGCGCUGCGGUGGGCUUUCACCAAGUGCCUUCAAGUUCCCCUCAGCGGCCUCGACAGGACAUCGUCUUUCUCCCACCUUGGAGGCCACUCCCUGGCAGCUAUCCAGCUGUCAAGGCUCCUGAGGCAGCAAGGUUACGCCAUCCCCAUAAUAGACGUUCUUAGAGGAGAUACCAUCGACCACCUGGAAGAGAAACUUACAAAGAUCAACGAACAGAAUGAGGCACCCGAUUCCAAUGGUACUGUGCAGACCGAGUUCGAAGCAGCGCCAGUUACCGACCUGCACAGACUUAUGCUGACCCAGUCGCAACGUAACCCAGCGACUAAUUGCCAAAUAGCCAGCGCCAGGUUCGUUGGGCCACGAGAAUCAGUCCCAACCCCAAGCGAAUUGCGAGUCGCUUGGACAGCCACUCUUGCCGGCCACAGCAUCUUCAAAACGCGAUACGACCUGCAAAGCUGGACGCUCCAUGACCUUGACCGUGUCAACUUUGACUGGGAAGAGGUCAGUGUCGCAGCCGAAGAGUUUGACAGUGCUCUGGUGUCUGUUGAGGAACAGGUUUGGACACACCACAACAGUCUCAAGAAUCUCCCAGAUUCCAGUCUUGAAGUGCCAUAUUGCCAUAUGACCUGCGUCUACGCGCCCAGUCGUCAGGCCAUAGGUUUCGUCUGGCGUGUACACCACGUCCUCCACGACAUAUUCUCUGGAAUUAUUGUCAUGCGUGAUUUAGAGCGCGCUCUCGCAAAGGGAAAAGUGACCCCCGGACCUCGCCUUCAAGACUUCUCGCGCUUCAUGCAAAAGUACAAGGAGGACAACCUAGGUGCAGCUACUGAAUACUGGAAUCGCAUGAUGAAGCCGCUUUAUGAGCAACCUUUGUUUGACUUUCGACCGCCACAGGCAUCUUUCGAAGGCAACGCCUGGCGAAGUCUGACAUUCACGACCGGGGAGACUUUGAAGUCCAUCGAAGCGUCAGUGCGCACGAACAACAUUUCAAGCGCGACAUUAAUCUUCGCUGCGUGGGCACUUGUUUUGGCUAAGUACUCACGCUCCAGUUUUGCUUCAUUCUAUCUUAGUCGCUCCGGUCGGAUGAUCCCUUGGCCGCCAGCACCAACUCUUGUAGCGGCAAUGAACUGCCGCGUACCGUUUACCACGGGCAUUCCCGCCGAAGCAACGGUACACGAAUGGCUGGCAGAGUUGCACAGUACGCUGCUCCGUGUUGCGGAGCUUGAAACCUUGUGCCAGUCACUUGACACAUCGAUUUAUCCCAUGGAGCAUUUCAGGUCGUCGGUGCAGGCUUUUCUCUACAUGCCACAGAUGCCGGCUAACUGGGAGGUUCACGACAGGCUUACUGGUCAGGCACAGUCGGUAGGGAUGGUCUGGAGAGUUCGGCCAACAAGCAGUGGGGCCGUUGCGGCCGAUCUGGAGAUUGACCAGAGAACGGUGGACAUUGAAUUGGCUAAGGAGGUCGGCGCAGUCGCUGUACGGAUGCUUGAGGGGCUGGCGAAUGCCCAGAGGAACACCAAGUUGCGAGACCUAAACUUGGACCGAUGA